AUGGCGACACGGAUCAUCGCAUUAGGAGUCGUCCUCGCCUCGCUCGCCUCCUCUGUACUCUCCGUAAGUCGUUCGCCCUCGCGUUGCUCUCGUUCUCCCCGACGACGAGCUUGGCUCCGCUCCCCCGCUCACCCAAUCCCACCGUGGAAAUUGCACACUUCACAGGCCACCCAAUCCCACCCUCUCUACCACCGCUUUCAACCCCAGCGAGGUCCAUCACCCGCCGGAUUCUCCGAGGAAUGGUAUCAGCGCGGCGUCGUGCACGUCGAUACCGAAGCCGAAACGGCAUGGUUCGACGACUCAUCCUCACUUUCGGGAGACGGAUCGACGUCCAAGUGGUGGAGGAUUGAACAGGUGCCUUUUCCUCAAGGCGUACAAGAGAGGGUGGUGUACCAGGUUGCGGUGGGCGAGGAUCAGGCGACGGUGAUUAGUGUUGAUUCGGUACGAUCAGCGCCAACGAUUCGACUUUCCUGUGACCCUCACUGAGAAGCUUGGGGGGGUUUUCUCUUCUUGAUUCAGUGCAUUCUCAAGCAUGCCGUGACAAACAAGAAAUUCAACGAGUCCUUGUCCUUGACAUUCUUGGGGAUGAGCUGCUGUCGACGAGGUACGAGACCAACACGAUCCACGAAGGCUGUCUAUGGAAGGAAGGGAGAGGUGAAUGGGUCAGAGGGCCUGGUCACGAUGGGCCGAGUAUGGAGGUCACCAUACAGAGACCUGUCAGACCGGAAGGGUAAGCUCAGCAGCAUCUUCCUCUCGAGAAAUGCUUGAUGACCUUGCGACUGACCCAAUCCUUUCCCCCCCACACUCUCCAAAGACCCGUCUUCAAGCCCGUCGACCCGGACGAACACAUCGUCGUCGGUGAAGACGGCAAAAUUGUGCCCCCACCACCGGAGAAGGGCUUCUUGGCCAAGUACUGGAUGUACAUCCUCCCCGUCGUCGUCUUGUUGAUGAUGGGUGGUCCGGACGAACAGACUGGGCCACCGGGGACCGCGGGGGCGAAGUAG